CUAGAGUGGUUCUAUAGUUUAGUAGGCACAAGACUAUUGAUGCGUGAGGGUGUAUUUCGUUGGUAAAAAAAAGUUUCGAAACAAUCAAAUAAAAGAACUAUGGUUAACACUAAAAUAACGCCGUUAGUCUUAUAUUAAACGAAACUCGAUUAAAGGGCCAGCGAGUGAGUAAGUCAUCUAAAAGUCUCGAAGGCCAACACCUUACGAUUGAAAAAGCAAAAAAAAAUUUUAAAAAUUAUGAUUCUUUAUUAACCGAAAAUGUAGGGUUAAAGAAAAAAUCAAAAAAAAUCAAAGUAAAUCUAUACGUCGUAAUCCUAUUACACAAAACUCUAUAUAUGCAGAUAUAGUUGAAAAUAUUGAUAAAAUAUCUCUUCCAUCCGAUAAAUGGCAUUUUAUUAAAUUUAAUACUUAUAUUGGAGAAUGUAAUCGAAUCCGAAGAAAAUGGAAACGAGGAAUAUGUACUAAAGGAAAUGGAAAGUCCAGUUCAUGAAGACAUAAGUUAUUCUGUCGUGUAUGUAGCUGGCUACGUUCUCAGAAAAAUUCCCAAACAAAGUAAAUUUAAAUUCAAUGAAUGUGAACCAACUAUUAAAGUAAAUCUGGAAGAGCUCCAUAAAAAUUUAUAUGAAACAAUUAAUUUACUAAAUGAGGGUGGUCUUAUGUAUCCAUCAAACAGAUUGAUUAUUUUAUUAAAUUCAAUAGAGAAACAUAUUCUAAAAGUGACAGAAAGUAAUCGAAUAACGAAAGACACAUUAUUUCAGAUUAGCUAUUCUGCUCUUGACAAAUAUGAACCGGCUCAUUUAGUUAGUUGCAAAGAACAUUCGAGAAAAUUGACAACAUCUAUAUUAAACUACUAUUUCAUAUUGUGGAUGCAUUUUAUAGCGAGAAAAUUCAAUUCUGAGAACAAAGCUUCAAAAGAUGAAUCAAGAAAGCAUCGUAAAUUAGCAAAGUUGCAAUAAAUUUUUGUAAAUGUGAGGGAGAAUACAUAUCUGUUAAAAAUGUUCUACAGUUUUCUGUUUGAUUGUGCUACAAUACUUCACAAUUCAAAGAAAUUGGUAAAUUUUUCACGGAGGGCACUACCUCCAAUAGUCUUACUCGUAACGAAAGCUCCAUCUGAACGAAUUAUUUUUCGUUGCUGAACAAGCAUGAGAGACAUCUUCAGGCCUUCAGAAAACUAGCAACGGGAAACGUUUUUGUCACGGAUUUGAGUUGCUUAGACCGUAAGACUUCGGUCUCCUGUGUAUAGUCUCAAUACACAUCCUGUACUAUUUUUUACACUAUGGAAAACGCCCUCCUAAAAAUAAACGACAUUUGGAAUUUUCUGAAUUAUACUACGCCAGUUUGUUAGACUCAACUGUACGUUGCUGAUCGAAACAACCAUUUUUGUGGUUUUAGUUAUAAAAAAUGAAAAAAGAAACAAUAAUUUAUAUAAUCGGUACGUUUUGUAUUUUGCAAAUAGUUGAUUCGCAUCCUGAAAUUGCAUCAAAUAGUUUCGAUUCAAAAAAUGAAGCUCAGGAUAUAAAAUAUAUUGGUUAUCCUGAGAGUCAUGGUGAAUCGAAAUUGUGUUUUCAACCAUUAAGAAUGGCGGAUAAUUCAUCUGUGCCGUUCGUGGAAUUAAGAAUUGAUAGCUUUGCAGUAUUCGAUCGAUCAAAACAAUCUUCUGAAAUUUUAGCACUGGAAGGAAUUUUUCUUUACGUAGUAGAGCCAUCGUAUUUAGAAUAUGCACGUGAAGAAUUGAGACUGAUCAAAUUAGGCUUAAACUUUUGCGACUCUAAUGUGAAACCAUUUUUAAACACAAUAGCUAUGGUGGUUAUUUUAAUUUUCUACGGUGUGAGCAAUCUGUAUUUAUUAUACAAAUGGAAGUCCAUUAAUAAAACCCUCCAAAAACUUCCAAAGAAAAGUCACAAAGAAAAGAUAAAAUUAGUAAUAAUGUUGCUACUCGUUCCUGUUGGUUCCAUUUUGUUAUCAUUUCUUUUAUAUCUAGUAUUCAAUCUUCCUUCCGAAGAUAUCGAUUUAUUCUAUGAACAAAAAGUUCGCUUUGACCUGGAUCAAGGAUCAAAAUUAUGUUUAACACCACAACAAUUCGCAAAAAAAUUGGCUACAAUUUUAUCUGAAAAGAAAAUAAAUGACAUUGCAAACUUCAAUCAAGCAGAUAAACUUGUCCAAGAUUUUAACCAGGAAGAACAGCAUAUUAUCAUUAUAAGACAAACGAAUUUAAGUCAAAGGGAUUCAAUUAUUAUAAUUGGCGAUAAUUUUUGGCAUAGAAGGCGAGUCGACUCGUUCUUGAAGGACGAAUAUUUACUGUUAUUGAUCUUCAGUCUGAUCCCCAUACCUAUGGUGAUAGUCAUUAUUUUAUUAAUUUGUUUCAUAAAGCUUCUUGUAAAGUGGACUUAUGUGUUACUGGAUCGUGUUUCUGACAUGAAAAAAGAAUUUGAUUCUAAAGUUAUAGUUACACCAGUAUUAACUCUAGAAUCUAAUCUCGAGGGUAGUGUGACUUCAGAAUUAUGCACAGAAAAAAAGUGAUUAUGAUUUUGUAUAACGGUGAUGCAGCUUUUGGCACAAUAAUACAAUAAGUGCCUUAAUACGGUAAGUGUAUAGAAUUUAAUACAUUAGGCACAAGUUCAGAAUUACUUUUUUUUCUGUGAAGGUACAAAUUUUUUUAACAAUUUCUUGAUUGAACAUAAUUCUUAAUAAAAAGGUUUUAUAAUUUACUCUGUUUUUAUUUAUUACCCAGCUUGUAAACAUUUUUUGACAUUAACCAUCAUCCAGUGCAUUACGCACUGUGUUAUUUUGCCUAGGGACGGGGAACUUUUUAUCCACAAUCGGGUUGCACUGCGGCAUCAUCUCACUUCUACUAAUUUCUUAGUAGGAUUUCCGAUGUAAUAAUACCGUGUUACUGAUGACCAUUGUUAUUGAAAGAUGACGAUAUAACUGUAUCGCUGGCGAGAAAUCACCUGCUGACAAUUCCAUAAAUUACUUACCCAAUACAAGUAGUUUAUAUUCUUCGGCAAUUAGAAAUUUACGCAUAAUUAAAUUAAAAAUCACGGCGUUAUUUAUUACAGAACAUGUUAUGUUUGAUUUUA